AGCACGUAGCCACCUGCAGUGAGGGUUAAAGAGGACAACCGCAGGCAGGGUUACUUUUUACAGCUAACACCGUAACUUACGCGUCUUUUCCUCCGGCUUUAAGAGGGUGCAGCAGCUGCUGUUUGCUUUUAUAAACAAUGCACGGUGUUUUCUUGAUGCUUUGUAGCAGUACAGUCCGUGUGAGCUCAUUUUCCAGGUGCGAUUUGCUCCUGAAGUCUGGUUCCGCUGUGUGUACCAGUUAACUGCCUUCGUGCCUUUACCUUCAGAGACGCGAAUUUGAGAAUUCAGCCUGUCUGUGGCAGCCUAAUUAGCACUGAGAUGAUCUCGAAGGCCUUUGAGAAGUCCAGAGCUGUGUGUGGGGAGCACAGAGGACACAACAGGGAGGAGCUGUAAUGUUUUGCUGUCAGGAUGAGGAGCAGGAUCCCUGUCAUCCUCCUGGCCUGUGGCUCCUUUAACCCCACCACCAACAUGCACAUGCGUUUGUUUGAGCUGGCCAGAGACCACCUGCACCAGACAGGAAGAUAUCAGGUGAUUGAAGGCAUAAUGUCUCCUGUCAGUGACAGCUAUGGGAAGAAAGGCUUGGUGUCAGCAAGGCACCGGGUGGCAAUGGCCAAACUGGCCCUGCAGACGUCUGACUGGAUCCGGGUGGAUCCCUGGGAGAGCCAGCAGGACACAUGGACAGAGACAGUGAAAGUAUUAAGGCACCAUUAUAAUGAAGCCCUCAGAACGUUCCAGUCCAAGGAGUUCACAAGAAACAAACAUCCCACGAAAAGCUCCACGGGGGACUCCCUUUCUUGCCAGCAACCAGUUCUACCAGAAUUAAAGCUGCUCUGUGGGGCUGAUUUUCUACAGACAUUUAAGACACCCAAUCUCUGGAAGGAAGAAGACAUCAAAGAAAUAGUGGGAAAGUUUGGUUUGGUCUGCGUAAGCCGGGCUGGCUGUGAUCCAUCACAGUUCAUCCAGGAAUCAGACCUUUUAUCUCAAUUCCAGCACAACAUUUUUCUAGUGAGAGAGUGGAUCCAGAAUGAAGUCAGUGCGACGCAGAUCCGCUCUGCCCUGUGCAGGGGGCUGAGUGUGAAAUAUCUCAUCCCAGACUCUGUCAUUGCCUACAUCGCACAGCACAACGUCUACAUAGCGGAGAGCGAGCGCAGGAACCAGGGGCACCUGCUGCAGCCUCUCAGGCUGCAAAACACACCAAUAAACCCUCUGAGCGACUGAUUUCUGCACUGUGUGCCCUGUCAGACCAGGACCCGUGUCAUCUAGAUUUCUUGAGAAAGUUGUUUCUUGUUGAUAAUGAAGAGAAAGUCCAAGAUUUCUUGAAAUCAUGUGGUGUUUUAGAUCCAUGAAUCUGUGUGUGGUAGUGUUCAAGAAAAUUGGGAUGCUCAGCUGUGUAGCUUAAAAUACUCAAAAACCAGCUUCUUUGUGAAAAUAAAAGCAAGGAGAUCUUCACAACAAAUAUUCUUAGUAUUUCAAUAAAUUCAAUAAGUCAAUAAAUAUGAUUUAAGGGUCAAAUAUAGUACUUCCCUAACUUGUAAUUCUGAAAUCCUCACUGUUCUAAACUAGCAAAAUACAAUGAACCAUAACUUGAGAGAGAGAGAGAGAUGUUUAAAUAUAUGUUACUUCUAAACUUUGACUUUAUAAGACCCUGAAUAACUUCUUUGAUUUUUGGUAAUUUGGCCAAGACAUGGAAAUCAAUCUUUCUUCCAUGCAAGCACUUAAAAAUGUACGUGCUACUUCUGCCACUUCUAAGGCUCUGGGUUCUCAAAUGACAGGCAGCCCUCAUCCCCACAUUUGAAAGGUUUGAAAGACAGGUGUCUGCUAAGGAAGGCAGGAGCCUCACUUGGAAUGGAAAAUGUAAACCCCUCCCUCUGAAUUGUUAUAAAUCUAAAAUUAAGGGGCUGUCAGGCAAAGAUAUGAGGAUAGGAAUAACAGUUCUUUACUAAUAUGUAUAAAUAAUAAAUUUUAAAAAAACAACUAUAACUUAAUAGGGAAAUGAAAAUAAAAUGUAGUAGUACAAAAACACUGCCAGA